AUGAACGACAACGGUACCAUUGAAGAAAGUGAUCAGAAACCACUGUGGAUUAAUGAAGUGAUCAACAACGAUCCCAGCGAUAACGUUAUUGAAAGAAAUGUCAGUGCCAAUUUGUUUGCGAAAGGAAACGAAUUUGAUGCAAACAAUGAUAAUGAAAAUAGUAUAACGAAGCUGCUACGAAGCAAUUUGAUUGAUAGUAAAAAUAAUUCUGGUGAUAAUUUUACUGAAAGAGCUGUUAAUGAGGAAAGCGAAAUAAGUGGAACAUUUUCUUCUCUCGAUCAUGAUAAUUCCAUUGAGAAUGAGAAGAACACUUCUGAAAUUUAUGACUACGAUAGCACUGAUACUAAACCAAUUUUAUGGAUAAAUACAACUUACCAAGCUUACGAUAUUGGUUUAAAUGUGACAACGAUGGUAGAAUGUGCUGUGUGGAAUGUGUCGAUGCUAAUGAAUAUCACUGAUACAUCAGAGAAUCAAAUGAAUGUUACCGACGGCGGCGAUCCAAGCUGGACGAUAAGUGGUAUAGAAAUUAUAAACACAAAAGAACGUCUCGAAGAACUAAAAUUAGAUACGAAUUUACUUGAUCAGUAUCGGAAAAUUAUGAUUGUCUUCGAAGAAAUUUGUAAAAAUUAUCCACGGGAAUUAUGGUUUUCAACAGUUGAAGAUGCGCGACAACUGGGAAUAACAAAAACAGAUUCAUUUAUCUGCGACCCAUUUAAGGAAGAAUUGCAUCCCAGUGAGGAAAAAUUGCAGCAAUUUGAACAACUUUUAAACGAAAUUGUGCAUAAUACCACUACUAUCUUAAACGAAUUAUCUACGAUAUCUAACGACAAUAUAACGUUUGAAACAGUUACACCGAUCACUUUAUCGAAGAAUAAAAGUACAGAAAAGGAAUAUCAGCUUGGUAAACGCAGCUUGGUUCGAUAUCUCAGGGAGACUUCUCAGAAAGACAGUGGUAGUGAUGAAAGCGACGAAUUUUUGAAUUUAGCGUCUGUCGACAGUAAGGAUGAUUCAGAAUAUUUGGAUAAGGAUUCAUGGACAGAUACUCAAGAGGAUUCUGACGAAGUAAUUAAGAAAGAGAAUCAGGCUGCCAGUGAUGAUCGUAAGGGUUUAAAAGCGCCAGUUGUAAUCAAAAUAGAUGCCGGUCAACAGCAAGCUCGAUUGAUUAUAAAUAAGUGGGAAGCAGUUCAAGCAUUACGUCUAAACAUAGCAAAACACGUAUUUAAACGACAUCAACUUAUUGGCUUAUUCCUUGAUGGUAUUUGCGCUGAUUUCGUGCCAAGCGCUGUUGAUGAGUUCAAUGCAACCGAGUUUGAAGGAGUGGAUAUUGAGGGCCCGAUAGGAUUGAAUAUAACAACGUUAUCAUUAUCUGGUGUUAAUUUAACAGAAUUAGCUGAGAAGUUACGGAACGAUACUGAAGUCGAUAUGAUACUUAAUAGAACAAUGUCCGAGAAUGGAACUCUUGGUGGUUCAUUCAUUUUGCCAGUUCUUCAGAAGAACAAAUAUGAUCCGUUUUCGGCACCUAUUGUUUUUCAAGGUAGUGCGGUGGUUGUUCGUUUCGGAAUUUAUAUUGAGUCGAUGAGUAAUUUUCAAACUUCUACUAUGGAUUAUGAUAUGGAUAUCUUUUUGAUGAUGGCUUGGCGUGAUGCACGACUGGUAAAUCCAUAUGAGAAAGCUAUUCUUGUUAAAGAGGAAGAAAUUUUGGAGAAAAUUUGGCGACCUGAUCCAUUUUUUGCUAAUGCUAAGGAAGCUUCUUUCCAUGAAGUUACUUUUCUAAAUUUUCUGAUGCGAAUUUAUAACGACGGCUUAGUUCUCUAUGAGACAAGAAUUAAACUAAAGCCAUCAUGCAAUCUUGUGCUCUGUAAAUAUCCGCACGAUAGGCAAACUUGUGAAUUGAAGAUUAAAUCUUUUGCAUAUCCUACAAAAACUGUACGAUUUGAAUGGUUUUCAAAUAAACGUGACGCAAUUGACAAGAAUCCAGACGUAACGCUGCCUGAGCUUUAUAUUCAUCGUUACGAACCGACGUAUUGCGAAAGGACCAGAAAAUCAGGUCAUUUUUCCUGUUUGAAGGCAAUUUUUCGAUUAAAACGCGAUGUUGGUUUCCACAUUGCUCAAACUUACAUACCAACUUCACUCGCACUAAUGUUUUCAUGGGUUGGUGUAUGGCUUCCCGAAGAAUUUAUGGAGGGACGUAUUGGUGUGGCAAUCACUGUACUCCUAACGUUAUCGACGGAAUCAGCCGGUGCUCGUGAACAUCUUCCGAGCGUUUCUUACAUGAAGGCAAUCGAUUUAUGGUUUGGCUUCAUCACAGCUUUUGUGUUUAUCACGCUUCUCCAAACACUUAUUGUUAUUGCAUUGGAUAAACGAGCCAAGCAAUUGAGGAAAUCAGCAGCGAAGAAGAAAAGUGAAUUAACGGAACAAUCACGGGAGCUUAUGUUGGCUAGAGCUGAACAGUACCACAAACGUGGCAGGUAUUUGGACAAUUUUUGUCGUUUAUUCUAUCCACUAGGAUUUUUGAUAUUUCUAAUUGCAUAUUACUUCGUGUUUACCGAAGGACGACAAAACGAUUGCGUUGUAACUGGCCGACAAACUUGA